GAUCCGGGAAUGCUGGGCGCGCAGCCCAGCUGUGCGAGGGACAGAGGAAGGGAGGAGGGGACAGCGAUGUGAAGACCUUGUUCCCUGCUGGGAGUGGAGGCACCACCCAGGGUCGACGAGGCUGGUGAGGGUCUGUUGACGCUCACGGAACGAUGGGGCGGGGACACUCGUCACCCUUCGGGUAGGAGCGAACAUGUCUUUUCGCGGCGGAGGUCGUGGAGGCUUUAGUCGAGGUGGCGGCUUCAAUCGCGGCGGCAGCAACAACCACUUCCGAGGUGGAGGCGGCGGUAACUUCAGAGGCGGCGGCGGCAGAGGAGGAUUUGGACGAGGGGGUGGCCGCGGAGGCUUUAAUAAAGGCCAAGACCAAGGACCUCCAGAACAUGUAGUUUUGUUAGGAGAAUUCCUGCAUCCCUGUGAAGAUGACAUAGUUUGUAAAUGUACCACAGAUGAAAAUAAGGUGCCUUAUUUCAAUGCUCCAGUUUAUUUAGAAAACAAAGAACAAAUUGGAAAAGUGGAUGAAAUAUUUGGACAACUUAGAGAUUUUUAUUUUUCAGUUAAAUUGUCAGAAAACAUGAAGGCAUCUUCCUUUAAAAAACUACAGAAGUUUUAUAUAGAUCCGUAUAAGCUGUUGCCACUGCAGAGGUUUUUACCUCGACCUCCGGGUGAGAAGGGACCUCCGAGAGGCGGUGGCAGGGGUGGUCGAGGAGGAGGAAGAGGAGGAGUUGGCAGAGGCGGUAGAGGCGGUGGUUUUAGAGGUGGAAGAGGAGGUAGAGGUGGCGGCUUCAGAGGAGGAAGAGGAGGAGGAGGUGGUUUCAGAGGGAGAGGACAUUAAGUGUAACAGUUGACAGAGAAACUUCAUCAGUUGGUUUCCGCAUUAACCUGCGUGAUCUACUUCUAUGGAUCAGAAAGCUGUUUCUUGAGCAAGUCUUGAAGAACUGGUCAUUUUAUGACAGUGCACUAAAAUGUCAAUGGCAUACAAACAUGAGUGCAACGGAAUAGGCAGUUUUGCUCUAAAAGAGUAUGAACAGUGUUUUAAUGUUUUGUAUAAUGCUUGAAGCUGAAUGAAUGGAUAGUUUUCAUUUGAAGCAUAUUUGAAUUUUUAAAAUAAAUUGUUUUAUUCCUUUAAGUUAUUUAGAGCUGUGUUUAUUAAACCAGAAGAAUUUUUAAGUUAAAAUGAACAACCAAAGCUUAAACCCAGUGGAUUUCACAUAGAAAAAAUGGUUUGUUUACAUAAAUAACUGAUCUUUAAAAAAAUUGGCUAAAGGAAAAACACUUCAACAUUAUAUGUAAACUAAUACCCCUUUCAAAAUGUUUGCCUUUUGUAUAUGAGAACAUCUCCCUGUAUUGUAUUUUUCUUUUGUGUGUUGGUAAAGUGAUUUCUCUAAUUGCAAUUAAAAUUAAUUGAUUAGAAAUUUUUAGUAUUGAUUAUAAAUCAAAGUUAGAAUAAAGUUCAAAGUGAGAA